UUGUUGCUCUGGUCGUUGCUCUGGUCGUUUCUCUGGUCGUUGCUCUGGUUUCGGAGCAUUUCCAGUUUUCCAGCGGCGGUCCUGACGUGAGUCCAGAGACGUCUUUCAGGAGGACAAGGAGCGCUUAUGGAUUCAUUUAAACCAAAACAACCACGCAGUCGUUCCCAUGGAUGAAUGAGAAGAACAUCUGGUUCUCCGUCAGCGCUGGAGGUCCGUGAUGCCGGUCGCCAUACGCAAGAGGAGUUGGGCGGAGCCGGUGACUCAUGCUUCAGGACUGCAGUACAGCUACGAUGACCUGGACCUGGUCUGCCGCCACGGGGUGGACGGCGAGGGGGCGGGGUCUUCAAAACAAGGGCGGCGCACCAGGUGUGCCUCCAUGCCAGAGGGCUGCCGCCACCUGCCCUCACUGGACCGGACCCUGGAGGCUCGGACCCUUGAGGCUCAGACCCUUGAGGCUCAGACCCUUGAGGCUCGGACCCUUGAGGCUCAGACCCUUGAGGCUCGGACCCUUGAGGCUCAGACCCUUGAGGCUCAGACCCUGGAGGCUCGGACCCUGGAGGCUCGGACCCUUGAGGCUCAGACCCUUGAGGCUCAGACCCUUGAGGCUCAGACCCUUGAGGCUCAGGCCCUGGAGGCUCAGACCCUGGAGGCUCAGACCCUGGAGGUGUGUGAUAGUACUGCAUCAGGACAGCCGAAGCUACUGGCCAGUGGUGUGAAGGUUCAAGGCCCCAAUGAGCUGCUGGGUGGUAGUCCUGCCUCCAGGGCCUCUGGAUCGGAGCCUCUCCACAUCGCAGACACUGGGAAGUCUGCAGAACGUCUCUGUGACCCAAACCCUCGUGCAGCUGGGAGCAUUGGUCCUACGAAGGAGGCCCUCAAUGGAGGAAGCGGCGGUGAGAGUAGCCAGAGCCACAACAUCUGCCAUGGCGAUGAUGUCUUUAAGAGUCCACAUGUCUCACGUGAAGGGCAACAAUGCAUCUCUAUCUGGUCCAACAAUGGGCCUCCACUGUGCGGAUGGGCUGCUGCGCCGCCCGGCGACCUUCCACAGCGCCAGGAAACAAAGGAGAUUCACACAGAGGGUCACAGCAGAGCUCCUGGAGCCGCUCAGGCCGCACGAAACCGGUUCUCUGCCGCUGGACCGGAACCUCAAACUGACCUCUCGGAUCUCCAGGAGGACGAGAUUUCCACUUCUGGCCAUGCGAGUGUAACCACACCGGUCGGCUCGGUGGGCGCGAUGGAGAGCGGCGCUGCGAUGUCACCGGCUGACGGCUCCGUGGGGACAGCGGAGACUUCACUGGUGGAGGAAGACCAGGACAAAGGAGGAAGUGGAGAGGCUGCCGCCGAGCCGGAUGGAUCAAAUGAGCCAGAAACUCUCAAUGAAAACACAGGACUUCACUCGAGUGAGGCUCGAGGAGCCGAGCCGGACCGCCGGUCUCGUGGUUGUGAAAGACCCCACCGGGCAUUGUGGGAGCGGCGGAGUGAAGAGAUGACGGCGAUGCCGGAGCCUCAGGGGGAGGAAGGAGCCGGAGGCAGCCGGGAGGUCCGGUGUGAGCCAAUCGCAUCGGCCCAUGUGUGUCGCAACAGCAACAAGUCGGCUGUACGAAUGGAUCCUGGAUCCUCAGAAGACAUGACAACGAGCUGGUCUGCAGACCGGCGUGCGGAGCCGUCGACCUCCUUUAGUCGACCAAUAGAAAGCUCUGAUGUCGCGCCAUUGGCCGGUUGUGACCAUGAGACCACGAUGUUGGAUGCUAUCCCAGAAGUUAUCCCUGACGCCCCUGGACUGGAUCCUCAACAGCACACCCCAGAUGUUCCUCAUGUGGAUGUUGACCAUGCAGCAUCCCAACAGCAGACCGACAACCCGCCACCUGCAGAGGUCGCCCACGGGCUCCCUCCGGAGGGUCUCCAUGGCAACCGAGCCCACGGCGAGGCGCCCGGCCGCCAGGUGGCAGACGGUCAGAGGGAACGCCAGAGGCCGAGAGCCAGAAUGGAGGAGCCGGCUGCCCACAGGGGCCCACCAGGGGCCAGUCCGGCUGGAGGUCCAGUGGCCGGCGUGCGAAUGAGAAAGCGUGAGCAUGCUCGUCUGGACUCGAUGGUUUUGCUCCUGAUGAAGUUGGACCAGUUGGACCAGGAGAUCGAGAACGCCCUCAGCGCCUCGUCCGCCAUGGGCGGCACGCCGACCCCCCACCGGCGACCGCUGCAGCAGAGUGAUGGAGGUCCUGCUGCAGCACCACUACACCACCCACAUGGACCUCCAUCACUACACCACCCACAUGGACCUGCUGCAGCCCUUCGAGUGAGACCCAAGAGUGAGAGCUCGUCCAGCGGUCCGGAGGAACCAGCCGGUGAGUCCUCAGCCCACCUGCCUCACGCUCAGGGACUCGGAUCCAGACCUCCAGGCCCACGGCGCCACAGGGGUCAGACGUGUGGCUGCCUGGUCUGGUCUGGUUCUGGUGUCAUGUGAAGAGAUUCUGACGCCAGUUUCUGAUUGAUAAUCUUGUCCGGUGUUCACAACAUGGGACCAGAGAGGAGGGAGGGAGGGAGGGAGGAGGUUGAGGAGACACCAGAUGUCUCCUUGUCUCCUCCCCCCUGGCUCCUCCCCCCUGGCUCCUCCCUCUCCGUCAGCAGUCUGCUGGUGGAGCACGGGAUCAUCAGCCAACUCAGGAUGGGGGGGUCAUUAAACACCCCCCUGUGUCGUCGGCUGGUAAACAACCAGAGAGGU